CUCGUGCAAUGUGUAGAUGCAGAUACGGGUGACGUAAUCAAAAAUCGACACGUUUUCUGCGCAUUUCCCGGCUGCUAAGCUAAUGCACAACAGACGAAGGAAACUCGACUUUGCCCCCCUCUUUAGAGGCAGUUUUUCUUUUGAGCGCUGAGGGUCUGAGUGAAGGCUAAACGAUGGUCUGAUGGACCGCCGCUUCUUCCUGACCUUCCUCCUCUGCUCAGUGUCGUGGAUCUUCUUCUGGGAGGUACGCUGGAAGAAAGGAAAAGAAAGUCAGAUUGAGGAAUGGCUCCAAGGACAUAGCCUCUCUCAAUACAGGCACCUGUUUGAAGAUGUACAGACACUGGAGGAACUGAGUCUGAGUGUACUGAGCCGUCUGGAAGAGGUGGUGAAGGAACCGCAGCGCUGGAGGGAAAUUGCAAAGGCCCACAUCCAGCUGCUCCGAGACUUUGCCUUCCAGGAGUGGCUCUGCUCCCAGAACCUGGGGCACUAUUACCAUACGCUGAAGAAUUUGCGUUGCAGGAAUCUAGAUGAUCUGGCUCACUUUGACAGUCGACUGCAGCUGUCUCUAGCUGGCUGGGGCUAUUACUACGAGGACUACCUCAAGCUGUCCACCGGCAUCAAGAUCCUCCAGAACUCUAGGGGGAGUCGGGACCAGGACUACGAGAUCCGGCUGGUGCACAGCCUCGCUGUGAGGCGUCUGAAUGAGAAGUGGACCAUUGCUGGAGCGCUCCUAUUCGGCUGUACUGUGGCGCUGUGCUUCUUGAUAAGGGACCUCAUGUUUUACGUGAUUGGUGGAAUUACUGUUUCCAUCAUAGCGUUUGUCUUCACCAUCAAGUUCCUCUGUGAGCUCGCAGCGAGGGUUGUCAGCUUCUUGCAGAAUGAGGAUCCAGGGAGACGAGGGGACCGCAGCAUCUACGACUACGUCCGGGGAAACUACCUCGACCCGCGUUCCUGCAAGGUGUCUUGGGAUUGGAAGGAACCACAGGAAGUGGGCCAGACCAUGAGCUUCGGAGUCCAGCUCUUCUAUAAGAACGGCCAGCCCUUCCCGGCCCACCGGCCCGUGGGGCUGAGGGUCAGCAUCACUCACAUCGAACUGGCUCUGGACAUCCCCGUCACGCAGGAGGUUCUGCAAGAACCAGAGUCCAAUGUGGUCAAAGUGGCCUUCACUGUGCGCAAGGCCGGACGCUAUGAGGUCGCCGUCAAGCUCGGUGGCCUCAACGUGGCCUACAGCCCGUAUUACAAGAUAUUUCAGCCAGGUACAGUUGUCCCUUCCAAAACCAAGAUAGCCUACCAUUUCUCCACCCUGGUGCUAACAAAUGGCCAGCAGCACACCCUGAAGAUUGAGCCCAGAGACGAGUAUGCGAACCCCACCAGUAACUCCACGUCUCUCACGGACGAAGACAACUACAGCGUCCAUUUGCACUCCCUCGGCACGGCGGACGACGACGGCCUGGAGGAGCACUGCAGUAAGUCGGUGACCCUCAACAAGCCGCAGUGCCAGGUGCUGCUGAGACUGACUCUGAGGAAGACGGGUUGUUUCAGGGCCCGCAUCUCCUACAAGGACCAGCCGCUCAGCAACGGGGAGUUUGACAUUAUUGUUCUCAGUGAGAACGAGAAGGCCUGCGUGGAGAAGAAUGUGUCCACUCCGGGCACAAGCAUCUACUUCGAGGCGUACCUGUACAGCAGCGGGAACUACAGUUCUUCGUGGCAGUUGCCGGCCUCGUCUUUGCUGGCUCCCCAGAGGAGGCCCUCCACGGGAGAAGAGGAGGACGAGCACGACUCUCCUGUGGAGGGGCAGCCUGAGAAGGUGAAGAAACCAAAAAAGGUCUACUGUUACAUAUCGCAAAAGCAACUGUCCGUGAAGGAGUUCUACCUGAAGAUCAUCCCGUGGCGCCUUUUCACCUUUCGGGUGUGUCCCGGAACGAAGUUCACCUAUCACGCUCCGGACCCGGUUCACAGGUACUUGACCCUCGUGGUGGACGACGGGAUUCAGCCCCCGGUGGAACUCAGCUGCAAAGACCGGAACAUCAUGGCCGCCACCUUCAUCCGCUUCCUGCACAAGAACAUUGGCGGCUCCGAAACGUUCCAGGACAAGGUGAACUUCUUUCAGCGCGAACUCCGGAACAUCCACUCCAAGAGACCUCGCACCAAGACCUGCCUAAAGAUCACCCGACACACCAUCCUGGACUCGUCCCUGAAGGCCACGAAGAACUUCUCGGUGUCGGACUGGAGCAAGAACUUUGAGAUCGCGUUUCAGGAUGAGGAAGCUCUGGACUGGGGGGGGCCUCGCAGGGAGUGGUUUGAGCUGGUCUGCAAGACCCUCUUUGACACCUCCAACCAGCUGUUCACCCGCUUCAGCGACAACAACCAGGGCCUGGUGCACCCGAACGCCGAGCGGCCGCCCCACCUGCGCGUGAAGAUGUACGAGUUCGCGGGGCGCGUGGUGGGGAAGUGCCUGUACGAGUCGGCGCUGGGCGGCGCCUACAAGCAGCUGGUCCGCGCUCGCUUCACGCGCUCCUUCUUGGCCCAGAUCAUUGGCCUCAGGAUGAACUACAAGUACUUUGAGACGGACGACCAGGAGUUCUACAAAACCAAGGUCUGCUUCAUCCUAAACAAUGACGUGAGCGAAAUGGAUUUGGUGUUUGCCGAGGAGAAGUACAGCAAGUCGGGACAGCUGGAGAAGGUGGUGGAGCUCAUAUCGGGAGGGUCUCUGAUCGCCGUCAACAACGAAAACAAGAUGCAUUAUCUCAACCUGCUGGCGCAGUACAGGCUGGCCAGCCAGGUGAGGGACGAGCUGGACCACUUCCUGAAAGGCUUGAACGAACUGGUUCCAGAAAACCUGCUGGCCAUAUUCGACGAGAACGAGCUGGAGCUGCUGAUGUGCGGCACCGGUGACAUAAACGUGCAGGACUUCAAGGCGCACGCCGUGAUCGUCGGGGGAUCGUGGCACUUCAGGGAGAAGGUGAUGAAGUGGUUCUGGGCCGUGGUUUCCAGCUUCACGCAGGAGGAGUUGGCGCGUCUGCUGCAGUUCACCACCGGCUCCUCUCAGCUGCCCCCCGGGGGAUUCAACACCCUCUGCCCCUCCUUCCAGAUCAUCGCUGCCCCCACGCACAGCACCUUGCCCACGGCGCACACCUGUUUUAACCAGCUGUGCCUCCCGACGUACGACUCCUACGAGGAGCUGCACAAGAUGCUGAAGCUGGCCAUCAGCGAGGGCAGCGAGGGCUUCGGCAUGCUCUGACCGCCCGCCGCCACCGCCGCCGCCGCGGUUCCACUCGUGCGAGAGAGAGAGAGAGAGAGGGGGGGGGGGGGGGUGGCGGCGCCGUCCACUUCCUGCGUUCACCUACAUUUAAAACAAGUGGACUCCCAAUGGAUUCUCUCAGGGUGAGAGGGCACAGCAAGAAGGCCCAGAAGGCUGUCCUGAAACUGGAACUCAACAUAUUUAACUGUAGUGCUGUUGUAUGUAUAUAACACAUCAUGUUUUUGUAAAAAAAAAAAAAAAAGAAAAAACACGGAACCAGGAAAUACUGAAAAGCUGCGGUUUGGGCUGGUUUUAUUUCUCAAUACUGAAGAGUUUUAUAUGUUCGAGAGACGAGGUCUGCUACAGCAGAGGCCUCCAGUCUCACUGUAUUACUGCUUCUUUUGCAUUUUGCAAACUGAGGAACUCUUAAGUGCAACAAAGUGACGUGGGUGACACCCGCUUCACUUUGGCCUUAAUCGAUCAGGGACUGAUGUGUGUUUGUAAAAAAAAAAAAUAUAUAUAUAUAUAUAUAUAUAAAUAUCACUCUUUUAUUCCAAUACCUGUACAUACUAGUGUGUAUACUUUGGUUUUCCUCUUUGGUUUAAAGUUAAGAAAGAAGGGAUUUGUUUAUCACUGAACCUGAAACCAACGUUUUUAUAAUUUAAUGGGUUUUAAAAGAAGCCACGAUAUAUUUCUAUGGUUUGAACAUGUUUCUAACUUAUUGCGUCUUAAAAACAUUUUUUUUUUGUGUCGACCCGUCUGUCUUCAGUUGUAACUGUUGUUUUUUUUUUUUAAAUUUAUUUGUUUAACCUGCCUUAUUCAAGCCCUUCACAUCUGUUUGUAUCCAGACAGGUGCACAGCUGAGCGAAGCGUGGACGGCAACGCCAAGCAAAAGGUUCAUUUGACCCGUUUCCAUCGGAGCACGCAGGGGUCACUGCGGGUGUUUUGGGGGGGGCACGUCAUUAACCUAUCCCUUCAUCCUUAAACACGCGGCACAGCCUCCUCCUGCAGUUGUUUUCGGGACUCAUGAACUUUUGUCUGGUUUCUGCUUACUGGGAAGAAAUGACAUUUUAAUUUUUGGUAUCGUCAACAUCCUGAGCUAACAGUUUGUUGUUGUUUCUUUGGUUUUUGCUGCAUAGCGAUUCCUUGGCUCCUCCAGAAUUGACAUUGUCCUGUAUGCAUCUCGUACCGGGGGUUCAGGGUUUGUACAACUCAUUCAAAUCUGAUUGGUCUCGUUUUAGUAUUAUGAACAUUCCCCCACAAUGCACUUUUGGGUCCAGUUUCACUCAUUUUUGCAUUCUUCUCACGGUGACUUUACCACACCGAACUUUACUAUUUGUUGAGCGGCAGAGACGACUCGUUUUUGACUGAUUGGGAUUCAGAGCACUGAUGAAGCCGCUCCGUUGAUUUGAUUAGAUUUGUUCGGGUUGCGCAAUUCGCUCCGAUGUGACGAGAACUUUCACAGAGGGUCUUCUGAAACCGCUUCAUCGAGGGUGUGUUUUCUUGUUUUCAGCACUAGCAGCGAUGGCGGACACCAUGUUUACGAGAAGGAAAAAAGUAAACGUAGUUUAAGCUUUUUUAACGUGUUCGGUUAGAAAUGUCCGUUAUAAACAAAUAUGAAGGAGCUCUGUUCUGGGGUUUUAUGUUCCUGUUUAAUGUUUUGAUUUUCAUGCCCAUUUAAUACUCAGUUUUAUGUUUCUCAGUUAGAUGACCUCAGUGGGACUUUUAGCAAUGUAGAUGGUGUAAAAUAUUUGCCUCUCACUUUAAAACUGGGAUACUUUUUCUUUUCUUUUCUUUUUUUUUAAUGGCGAGCAUCUGCUGGCAAAUGUUUGAGAUUCUCUGCACUGGAGGUCCUUUUUGUUUAUGGAAAUAAAAAAGAAAAACAUGGAAUAA